AUGUGGUUUGGGACUUGUGAGAUAAGGCUAAUGAUAUUCUGCACGUUGAAAGAAGUGAAAAAGAAUUUCCCUUCACCUAGACUGCAAGAACACGUUCGCACGGGGUGGGAACAACAGGCCACGGCCGGCUCCCGCCUUCACAUUACUAGUGUUCGAAUGCCCAAAAAAAAUCACACAAGAGAAGGGCUGGAGCAAAGCGGAGUGGGGAGAUCCGCGCUGAACGGGAGCAAUGUGUCGAUGUUCGCGGUGUUGUCUCCGCGAGCUGUCGGUGGGUACCGGCGGUCGGGCAGCGCUCGGUGCCUGCAGUGCCGGGAGGAGGCUGCGGGCGCCGCUGUUGACCGAGGAGGAGCGAGAGGAAGGCCGGAGCGCUGCCGGCAGCCCCGCCCGCUGCGGCCCGGCUCGCUCGCUCGCUGCCGGUGUGUGUGGGCGGCCGGGCGGUCUGCGAGCGGCCCCACGGUGCGGAGCCGAGCUGCAGCGAGGCGGAGGGGCCGGCUGCAGCGGGCAGCAGCGGCGACACAGAGACAGAGCCCGAGCAGGAGUCAUCGGCAACGGGUCGGUGUCGGCGGAGCCGCGGCAGCGAUGUGUUGGGUGGGGAUGCGCUGGGGCCGGCGGGAGCGAGCCCUGCUGUGGUGCGUGCUGCUGGCGGCGUGGGAGGCGGCGCGGGGGCAGCUGCGCUACUCGAUUCCCGAGGAGAUGCCGAAGGGCUCGUUCGUGGGCGACGUGGCCAAGGACCUGGGGCUGGAGCUGCCGACGAUCCGCGACGAUGUGUUCCGCAUCUUGGACAAAGGUAGGACGCAGUAUUUCUCCCUGCACGGGAGAAUGGGACAUUUGGUGACAGCGGAGAGAAUAGACAGAGAGAAACUGUGCCGGUUGGUGGAGAGAUGUGUGCUGCGCUGUGAGGUGAUAGUAGAUGGGGAAAUAAAUAUUUACGGCAUCGAAGUGGAAAUCACAGACAUUAAUGACAACACGCCCAGCUUCCAAGAGGCAGAAGUGGAGUUGACAAUGAGUGAGACGACGGUCCCUGGGUCACAAUUUCCUUUGCGAGAUGCACAAGAUUCGGAUUCGGGGCGGAAUUCUCUGCAGAAGUACGAACUGACUGGUGAUGAGCACUUCUCGCUGGCCGUGCAGUCCGGUCCCAGCGGCGAUCACCGUCCCGAACUGGUGCUAGCGAAGGCACUGGACCGGGAAGAAGCGGCGUUCCACGAGCUGGUGCUGAGGGCGAUGGACGGCGGGGAGCCGGCGCGGACGGGCACGGCGCGGAUCCGUGUGACGGUGCUGGACGCGAACGACAACGCGCCCGUGUUCAGCCAGGCGGAGUACACGGUGCGUGUGCCAGAGGACGUGUCCGUGGGCUCUACUCUCGUCACUGUCACGGCCACCGACGCUGACGAGGGGCUGAACGGGAAUGUGAAAUACAGUUUCCAUAAAGUUUCAGACCGCGCGUCCGAAAUUUUCCAUCUCUUUGCUGAGACAGGAGAAAUAUCGCUUCAGGGUGAUUUGGACUUUGAAGAAUUUUCCUCCCAUGAAUUGGAGAUCCACGCACGAGACAGCGGUGGUUUGUUCGAUACAGCGAAGGUGAUGAUUACGGUUACAGACGUCAAUGACAACGUUCCCGAACUGACAGUGUCAUCGGCCCUGAGCGAGAUCUCUGAGGACGCGCCUCCGGGAACCAUGGUGGCCCUGUUGCACGUACAGGACCGGGACUCUGGAGCGAACGGAGAGGUGCGAUGCAGCAUCGCCGAACGACUGCCGUUUCGACUGGAGAAAUCUUUCGAGGAUUACUACCGCAUAGUUACGGUGCGGGAGCUGGACCGGGAGGAGGUGCCAGAGUACAACGUGACGGUGCGGGCGGCGGACGGCGGGUCGCCGGCACUGCGGAGCAGCGCGGUGCUGGCGCUGCGGGUGCUGGACGUGAACGACAACGCGCCGGUGUUCGAGCAGGCGCGGUACAGCGGCCGCGUGUCCGAGAACAACGUGGCGGGCGCGCUGGUGCUGACGGUGCGGGCGGCGGACGCGGACUGGGGGCAGAACGCGCGCGUGCGGUACCGGCUGCGGGAGGGGCGCGUGCGGGGCUCGCCGCUGUCGUCGUACGUGUCGGUGCAGGCGGAGACGGGCGCGCUGUACGCGCUGCGGUCGUUCGACUACGAGGAGCUGCGCGAGCUGGAGCUGUGGGUGGUGGCGGAGGACGGCGGCGCGCCGGCGCUGAGCAGCAACGCGUCGGUGCGGCUGUCGAUCGUGGACGAGAACGACAACGCGCCGCAGGUGCUGUACCCGCCGGCGGCGGGGGCGGGCGCGGGCGCGGGCUGGGCGGGCGUGGAGCUGGCGCCGCGCUCGGCCGAGCCCGGCGCGCUGGUGGCCAAGGUGGUGGCGGUGGACGCGGACGCGGGGCAGAACGCGUGGCUGUCGUACGAGCUGGCCAAGGCGACGGAGCCGGGGCUGUUCCGCGUGGGGCUGCACAGCGGCGAGGUGCGCACGGCGCGCUUCCCGCUGGCCCGCGACGCGGCGCGGCAGAGCCUGGUGGUGCUGGUGAAGGACCACGGGCGGCCGGCGCUGUCGGCCACGGCCACGCUGACGGUGGUGCUGGCCGAGAGCGUGGCCGAGCUGCUGGCGGAGCUGGGCAGCGCGGCGGCUUCGGCGCCGGCCGAGCCGGCCGCCAGCCUGACGCGCUGGCUGGUGCUGGCCGUGGCGGCCGUGUCCUGCCUCUUCGUCGCCUUCCUGCUGCUGCUGCUGGCGCUGCGCCUGCGGCGCUGGCACCGCUCGCGGCUGCUGGCUGCGGGCGGCGGCGCCUUGCGCGGCGUCCCGGCCUCGCACUUCGUGGGCAUCGACGGCGUCCGCGCCUUCCUGCACUCCUACUCGCACGAGGUGUCGCUCACGGCCGACUCGCGCAAGAGCCAGCUCCGCUUCUCGGCCGGCAGCUGCUGCGACACGCUCCCGGCGCGCCCGGCGCCCGACGAGCCCGCGCCGCUGCUCGGGGAGGACCCUGCUGUCGCUGCCCCGGUGAGUUCUUCCUGA